AUCAGUAACUAUUUGAAAUACUAACAUUUCUGUCACAUUAAAUAUUCUUCACCACCUUCUUCAUUCGAUUCCCAAUGUAAGAGAGAGAGAGAGAGAGAGAGAGAGAGAGAGAGACUUGCACAAAUACAAAAACCAUUCUUUGCUCAGGCAGAGUUCUUGAUUCUUUUGUAAACUUUUAUCUGACAGUCACUUUUCACUGUGUUGAAGAGGUGAAAUAAGGUUAAAGCUUUGAAGGUUGUAGUAAGCUUUUUCUUUACUGCAAAUGGGACGAAACUGCGGCCAAGGAGGUGGAGCAAUCUUUUCCACUAAGUCAAAGAGAAAAGCAAAUGGAUGCAUGGCUGCUUUUUAUCACUUGUUUGAUUUCCAACAUCUCUACUUCCCUUCUCAUCAUAAUCUCACCAUUGAUUCUCCUUCCAGGUCAAAAGGCUUGAAGUUAAUAGAAGAGUCUCCACUAUCAACAGUCUACAAGGACAAACAAAGUUUGAACAUUCCUGUAAGCAUGCGAGUGAGAACAGAGACAGGGACAAGGAGUUCAAGACUCAUUGCGAGUGAUACUUCCACCACUUCUUCAUCUGAAAUGUGCAACUCACCAGGCAGCAAAACACCAAGCUUGGUGGCUAGACUAAUGGGUCUUGAUCUUCUUCCUGAGAAAACAGACCUUAACAAGCCACUCCCAAGUCUUCAGACAAUGGCCCAUCAUGGAACAAGUCGUCUCACAAGCCAUAGACUUUCCAAGAAAGGCACACGCUUAGGUGGGACCAGAUCUUUACCGGAGAGUCCCAGAGUCUCCUCUGCUCGGAAAUCUGAUUUCGACAUCCAUCGCCUCUCUCUCCAGCUGAACAAGCGUGAAGAGUUUGGCUGUUCAAGGCUGAAACAGCAAGAUCAAGAGGAGAUUCAGAGUCCAAGGCAGAUUCUGAAACAAAUCAAAGAGAGAGUCGUCACCAGAAGAGUCGUGGGUAUGGAUAUUACAAACUCGGUGAAGAACAAAGAAGCAAGACCAUUACAAGACAUUAACGAGCUUAGAAGAGACACAUCAAUUUCUUGCUCACCAAGAACCAGGUUUUCAAAUAAAGAAAACAAACCAAGCACCUCAUCUUCUUUCAGACCGGAACAAACCACACAUAAGCCGAAGCCGGAGCCAAAGACAACGAAGGUGAUCCUUGUUCCCGUGUCAAAACCCUCUGGAGAGAAACAGAGCAAGAACAGAGUAACACAGAAGGGAAAGAGUGAGACAAGGUUCACUCAACGUCCCUUAAAACCUUCUCAGACACCAGAUACUCGAAACAAGGCUUUCUUGUCUGAAUCUACAACAGGCUCUAAAGCUACCAAUCCCUUACACAAGAAGAAGUUCAAGAAAAUAGUAAAGUCAAGUGAUGUUGACAACAACAUUUUUGUCACAAAACCUCCUCAGAAACACGUACAUCGUGUACCUUCUCAAGAUAUAAACGAAGAAGCUGGAAUAAAAGCGAAUGAAACUGAGGAGAUUGGUCCAGAAGCUGCAGCGAGGAACUAUCAUGGAUGGGAGGAAAAAGGCAAGCUCUGUUCCGUCGUUGCGAGUUAUAGCAAUAAGCGUUGUUGGAAUAUCCGAGAGAUUGCUGCAGUGGAUAUUGAUAGUCUUCUAGAGAUAGAGAAGCUCGAAGAAGAAGGAGAAGAGAUCGUCGCAGAGUUUGAGCGGGAUAUUGUUGAAGCGCUCGUGCGAGAAACGGUGUCUGAAUUGAAUAUUCAGCGGAGACGAAGCUAAACGACAUCGGAGAAAAGACUUUAGUUAUUCGGUGGUUUAAAUGUAUGGGCUUAUAAGGAUUAUCUGUUUCUUAUAUGAUUUGCGAGUAACUAGUGCAUCUCCCACCCACUCUAUUGUUCAGUAAAAAUA